UUCGUUCUCCUUUCAGUUGUUCUCUAACUCAGGGAGUUUGCCAAAAAUGUUACGGUUCAGAUUUAAGCAAAAGUGAAAAAAUAAUUAAACUAGGUGCAGCAGUGGGAAUUAUUGCCGCCCAAUCUCUUGGUGAACCAGGAACCCAGCUAACCAUGGAUACUUUCCACACUGGUGGGGUAGCCGGAGAAGAAGAUAUCAUGCAAGGAUUACCAAAAGUGAAAGAAAUUUUAGGCAAUGUUGCUCCCCCCAAACCAAAACAGGCUAUUUUGGCACAAGCAGAUGGCACAAUAAGCAAAAUAUUAGAGGACCCGGAAAAUCAGCAAAUCACUAUCCAACAAAAAUCAGAAAGCGGCCAAGAAAUAAGUUAUACUUUUGAGUUAGAAAAAAAAGUGAAGGUAAAGGUAGGACAAAUGGUCAAAAAAGGAGAAAAUUUGACUACCGGAAAGUUGUUUACUCGUCGGAUGCUAGGCAAAGUUGAAAUAACCAAGCCGGGAGAUAGUAAUUAUUUAAUCGGAGAUUUUGUUGAUUACCAGGAAUUUUGCCAAACUAACCAAAGUUUAAAAAGUGCAAAAAAAGAACCUGCUCAAGCUAAGAACUUGCUUCUUGGGCUUAAACAAAUUGCUAAAUAUUCUCCUUCCUUACUUGCUAGCAUUACUUUCCAAGAAACUUUGAAGUCCUUAAUUAAUUAUUCUAUCUAUCAGCCGGUUGAUUACCUUCAAGGGCCAAAAGAAAGUUUAAUUGCCGGACAGUUGGCUCCGAUUUGGGUAGGUGAAGGUUCUAAUAAGACUCGGUAUCUGCCUAAACCUCCUAAAUCCAACCGAAUCUUUAGAAAUCCUCCUAUUAUUGAUAAAGGCACCAGCUAUGAAAUGAAAGAGUGUGAAGGCUGUUAUUGCCAAAUGUUUGCUGAUAGUUCUUAUGACUUUUGCUUUGAUUGUUCUGACUGUGAUAAAUUAUGUUGUGGCAAGGAUUUCAAUCCUAAUGUCGGUAAUUGCUGUGCUUGCUUCGGUAAAAAGAAAGGCAAACCUAAACUAAAAAGAAAACCCUUAACUUUUACUCAAAAACAAAGAUUACAUUUCGAACAAAUCAAAAGACAAAUGGACGACUUAAUUGAAGAAAUUAAAGCUAAAGAAGAUACCAAUGACCUGCUAACCGCUAAAAGAAUUGUAGACACUAAAAGAUGA